AGCUGUUUCGGCCUCGAUCAGCCGCUCUUUUGUGUUUUAUUUUGUGUUGUUACUUAAUUGAUAAACUUUUUGAGGGGAGCGGCGCUCUCCUCCAGAUAACCUCUCAGCACUUUAAAUUAAUAAACAUAGCACAAUGGUCCGGGUGUCCAGUGUUUUCAGGAUGGCAGCUUGCCUUACUCAAACCAACGCCAACUUUCUAUGCGACGGAAAGAAAAUAGUCGGAGUGGCUCUCAACUAUAUGGAUGUGGUCAAGGCCAGGAACGUUCCGGUACCCAAGGAGCCGCUUGUCUUCCUAAAACCCACUUCGUCUUACCUAAAGGAAGGCCAACCUAUUAUCCUCCCCAAAGUCUUUUCCAAGGUGGCCUACGAAGUAGAACUGGGCGUGAUAAUUGGAAAGCCCUGCAAAAAUGUGUCCAAGGCUAGGGCUAUGGACUAUGUGGCAGGCUACUGUCUAGCUUUGGAUCUGACAGCACAAUGCCAUUUGGGCAAUGCUCGAGCAGCUGGACACCCAUGGACAUUAGGCAAGGGGUUCGAUACCUCCACCCCUGUCUCCGAGUUUAUACCCCUAAAGGAAGUAAAGGACCCCCAUAAUUUAAGUUUGUGGCUCACCGUAAACGGCGUGGAAAAGCAAAAGGGAUGCACCGCAGACUUAAUAUUUAAGGUGCCGGAUAUCAUUUCGCACGUGUCCCAGUACAUGACCCUGGAGCCCAACGAUCUAAUCUUGACAGGCACUCCUAACGGCUCGGAUGCCUUUAAGGCAGGCGAUGUGAUUGAGUGUGGUCUGGGGGAUCUUGCCACUCUAAAAUUCGACGUGUGUUCAGAAUAAAACCUUGAACUACUUGUAUAUAU